CCAAGUCCUUCCGCCUUCCGGUCCCGGCGGCCCUGUGAGUUCUAGCCGGCGCAGGCUUCCUCUCCCGAGAGAGCAGACUUAAUGUACUUUUUUACUUUUUAUUUUUCCUGCGCGAGAAGGGCGAGUUGUCCACGAGGCCCCGUGCAGCUCGAGCAAAGUCCGGUAAGGCCGCAAGGACCACACUUAAAAGCAGACUCCUGCACUUUGUUUUGGAGGAAGAGAUCCAGAAAUUCCACUGUCAGCUAAGCGGAGAGGCUGGCCCUCAUUCUGUCCGCUUGGGAAGCAACCCUUUUUAGGAGCAACACUGACAGAACCUGAGGUCUGGAGAAGCACUAAUGGUGUUCAGCCUGGGUUGGAGAGCUCCCAGGAGCCAGUGGAGUUUCCUGCAGGCUGUGAGCGGUGGCUUCCCCCUGUUCCCCUGGAGGACAGUGGGGAGUGGUUUGGAUCCCCAGAUGAAAGCCUACCUGGAAGAAAACACUGAAGUCACCAGCAGUGGCACCCUCACCCCUGAAAUCCAGUUACGGCUUUUGACCCCCAGGUGCAAGUUCUGGUGGGAAAGAGCUGAACUGUGGCCCUACAGUGAUCCAUACUGGGCAGUCUAUUGGCCAGGAGGCCAGGCCCUGUCUAGGUAUCUUUUGGAUAACCCUGAUGUUGUGAGAGGAAAGUCUGUCUUAGAUCUUGGGAGUGGAUGUGGAGCUACAGCCAUUGCUGCUAAGAUGAGUGGAGCAUCAAAGGUCUUGGCAAACGACAUAGACCCUAUUGCAGGAAUGGCGAUUACACUAAAUUGCAAAUUAAAUGGACUGAAUCCUUUUCCCAUUUUAACCAAAAACAUUUUGAAUACCCAACAAGUUAAGUUUGAUCUCAUUGUUCUUGGAGAUAUGUUUUAUGAUGAAGACCUUGCAGACAGUCUUCAUCUGUGGCUGGAGAACUGCUUUUGGACCCACAAAACGCGAGUACUUAUUGGUGACCCUGGGAGGCCCCAGUUCAGUGGACACAGCAUUCGGCAUCAUCUGUACCAACUAGAAGAAUACACACUUCCACAGUCAACCCAGCAAGAUAACCAUGGACUGACCACAAGUACGGUGUGGGAUUUUCAUCCCUGAUUUGUCAGAGUGCUUUCAAGUAUGAGUAUAGUUCUGUUUAGAGUCUGUGUUAGACUCUAAACAUUUCCUCUGUAGGAGGUACUCAACAGUUUAAAGACUCCAGAUCAGUGUGGUGUGAUGGCUGGAAGUGUGAAUACUAUCACUUGGUAGGCAGAAAUAGGCUGACCUCUUUGGAGGACAGUCUGGUCUACAUAGUUCCAGGACAGCCAAGGAUACAUAGGGAGACCCUGUCUCAUGGAGAAAGUGAUUUAAAAUUUCCUUCAUCCAUCUUGGCAUAGUGGUUCAUGCUUUCGGCACUAGGGAGGCAGAGGCAGGUGGAUCUCUGUGAGUUUGAGGCCAGUUUGUUCUACAGUGAGUUCCAGAACAGCCAGAGCUACAUACUGUGACUUGAGCUGAAAAAAAAAAAAAAAAAAAAGAAACAAACAAAAUCCUUUGACACCUUUUAUAAUUCUGCAUGGUUUAGUAAAGUUAGUAACUAUUAUGUUCCCAUUUCAUAUAGCAGGUUGUCAGGGUUUUAUAACGACAAAAACAAUGUAAUUAAUAUGUAUCACACACCACUGAUUAUGUAGAAGGCAUGUUUAUAUGUGCAUGGAUAUAAUAUACAGAAUUUGCUGCAAUAUUAAUAAAACAUCUCUGGAAAGGAAACAA